GUUCUCCAAGUCCUGCAACCACAUAACCGCUGGAUCCUGCGGACACCAACUUAUGGCAAAGCACCAAUAGCGCAUUCUGCCUCUGUGUUUUCCACAUACUGUGAGAAAUAAAAGGGAUCCUGGAUGGACCUGGGAGAUAACAGCUGGUCCAUGGUCAAGCGCGAAGUGUCCAGCAGCAGCCCAGGGUCUCCGGCUGAGCAGAGCUACCUGAACACUGACCGCAGGGACCGGCUGAGAUCACCGGCGCCGGCGCACCUGGACGCGGUGGGAACGCGUCGCGCCGAGGGCAGGCCCCUACACUCCUACGUCCACUUUGGCCAUCCCAACAACGCCCUGUCCAAUUCUGACGACGUUACACUCUUCACGGAUUUAGACCAGGGCAACAAACUCAUCAUCUCAGGUGGGCACACCAGGGAGACGCAUAAGGGAGGCUUAAUUGUGGACCCUACCGACAUGUAUCAGACCCUGGCCAUCGCCGCGGCCCAGAGUCAGGCCGGUUAUAACGACACGCCAUCGGCCGGUUACAUGCACUCCAACCCUAAUUCUCCCGUUUAUGUGCCGACGUCUCGCGUUGGAACGAUGAUACCGAGUUUAUCGUACUUGCAACCCAGCGCGUCAUCGCAGUCGAGCCAUGCGGUCAGCAGUCACUCGGUCUGGUCACAGUCCGCCCCAGAGAGCCCAUCCUACAGCACUGGAAGCCCACAUACCUCCAACCGUUUCCACUACUCCCCCAGUCCGCCUAUGAAUAACGGCACAUCGAGGGAUACCAGCUAUACGAAUCCUCUGAAUGUAAACAGUCGAGACCAGUACCUUUCACGGCCGAUAAGUGGAUCUUACACAAGCCCGUAUCCUCCGUAUGUUGCACCGCAGCUAUCACAGUUACCGGCGGCGUGGCCCGCGGGGCCCUUCGAGAACUCCAUGCUGCAUUCCCUGCAGUCCAGAAGCGCACCGCUGUCUCUCAGGGGGCCAAACGGAGGUAAGCUAUGGCUGUUCAUCAUGUCAAAAAUCUUCUUUGGCUGUGAAUUUCAAAACCUAUGUUUCUCUGACAUUUUUGGGCAGCGUGUGAAUAAUUCA